UAAAAUAUGCAUCCAUAUUUAAAUUGAUAGGGUAUGAAGGUAAAGUAUAAUACUUGGAGAAGGUCUACAAGAAGAGUCCAAGAGAAGCCAAGACCUAGUAACUAAGGAAAUAAUACCCUAGCUAAUGGCAUAAAGAAGGAAAGAAGACAAGAGCAAAAAGACAAGGCUGGGAGACAAGAGACAAGCCCAGGCACCUGACAUCAGCAAGGACAAGGGGCAGGGGGACACCCUCUGCCAAAAGGACUAUGAACAGUGUCAGAGAGUCUGAGGCGCCCGACCAGAGCAUUUAUGGCUUGGCAGGCGCCCAGACCACUACCUAAACCUCAAAUGUGUAUAAAUAGGAGUUCUCUCCUCAUAAAUGACAAUCUAUCUACUCUUACUAUUACUUCUCUCUACUUUCUCUCUCUAUAUACUUCUUCUCUUUUCUUACUUCUGACGAGGCGGGGCGCCUACCCCUUCAAGGUCAUGGCUGACGCCCCAAACCCCUUGGACCCGAGUGACGCCCAGUCGCCCGGGCUCAAACAAUUGGCGCCCACCGUGGGGCCAAGCAUGACUUUGAAAGACGCUUCCAACUCAAAGAAGGGGGAAGAAAGGAGUCCGGCACCAACAAAGACCCCUCUCAAGCAAGUGGUUGGUCGCGAAGCGAUCAACCCCCAACCGCUCACCAUCCAAGGCUUAGAAGCGUCCGACGACGACGACCCAUCAGGAGACGGAGAAGGCGCGGAGCGCCUGGAGGGGCAACUAGCGGAGCUUCGGAAAAAGCAAGCGCUUCAAAUGGCAAGCAUGCAAGGCCAACUAGACCAAGUCAUGACCGCGUUAAUGGCACUAACAAAGGUCAACGACCAGGCGCCUCCAAAUCCCCAAGAAGCCAUAGAGGAGAGGAGGCGCCUCCGAGGGAAGAUGCAGGAGGUUGAGGCGGCACCCACGAACUCCCCACGGGAGGGUGUGGGCGCCUCACCAAAUGAAGACGCAAUGGAAGCUGACACCGACAUCUACCUAGAGAAGUACGCCCGACUUAACAGGGCAUGACGCCUAUUAAAAGCUCGGAGGGUGGCGCUCAACAAACAAGAAAGAAUUCGCAAAAGAAAAAAUGACAGAGUAACAAAGACUGGGAGGCGCCUCCCUCGAUUAAAGAAAAGGCGCACGACGACGCCGCACCUGAUUCAAAAGAUCGCAAAGGGUGCACCUAAGAAAGACGAAGUAAAACUUACCUACGCAAGAUCAGAAGGCGCCUAACGAAUUGAAGGAACGAUGCCUGAAAAGAAAACCAAUAAUUUUAGAGAUGAGGACGCGGAGGCGCCUCCCCCGAUUGAAGAAGAGGCGCACGGCGACGCCGCCCCUGAUUAAAAAAUCACAAAGGGUGGCGCCUAGGAAGAAAGAAGGGUGGCGCCUACAAAAAUUGGGUACAAAAUAGAGCUACCUAAAUCGCAGGGGUGGCGCCGGCCAAGGAAAGCACUUAGAGAGGCACCGAAAGGAAGGGGAGCGGUCAAGUUGGGAGGGGGAAAGAGGAAAAUGAGAAGGAGCUUAAAUAAGAGGAGCAGAGAAGGAGGCGCACGGUUUCCAAAGUCGGCCGCCCCCAAAGCCCAAUCUACCCUACCUCUCCCCAAAAUUGCCUACCUUAAGCGCUUGAGGUGCCUCCUCGCCAAACUCGAAAGGAAACAAAGAUGAAAGAUGACAUUCAAGGACAUCUCUCGCAAAGGGCUCAAUCGGUGGAAAAUGAAUAAUCGAAGAGCCACCUCUACAUUCAAGGUUGCAGCAGGUGACAGGCACCUGACAAAAGGAAGAGGCGCCAGAGACAAAUGACUUGACAUUAUUUGACAAAUGCAGUCUAAGGGGAUAUUGGAAGAGCCAAACCUAACCUUGCAAGUCCAAGUAUCCCUCGUACGAAGGGAGGACCGAUCAUGAGGAUCACAUAAAAGAAAUAUUUUCGGAAGAUGCAACUACAUAUCCCUUACAAAGUGUCUCCCUCUACCUUCACCGAAAGAUGCAGGCAUGCAACAAUUGUGGGUCAAAACGAGCAGACACUGACAAUGAUCUCCUUGGUCAAUCUUAAAAAACAUAAAUAAAUAAA